UCUCGAGAGAGUAUCUUGAUAGAAAUUAGGUUUUGAUGAUUUUGUGGCUGCAAGGUACCCUUUACCAAGAGUCCCAAGAGUGAGUUUUAGUAGUGGCGGGAGCAAGUUACUCUUUCCCUCCAAAUUUGCCACGUGGCCACGAGCCAGUUUGACAAAACGACCCAAAAAAAUGGAGGGGAAAGAUUGUGUCUAAAAUUUCCUCAAAACUCAAUUAGUAAAGUGAAAACCAAUCAUAAGGCUACAUCGCCUGGCGCACUAUCCUCAUUCUGGGUAAACAGUCUGAACUAUGAAUUCCAGGUCUCAAAUGGGAAAACCCAAGAAGCAGAAGCUAGAUGGGGGAGAAGAGAUGAACGAAGGCUGCAAGAGUUUAAGCAACUUACCUGAUGUCCUAAUUGGAAAAAUUCUCGGUUUAGUUCCUACUAAAGAGGCUAUCAGGACAAGCAUACUGUCUAAAAGAUGGGAAUACCUAUGGACUUCAGUUCCCAAUCUUGAUUUUACUCAAGCAAUGCUCGAUAAGAGAACAUCCUUGGUGAAUGUUGUUGAAAGAGCACUUCUUCUUCGUGGCCCUGCUGAUAUAAAACGGUUCAGUCUUUCAUUUCCAGUGCUGAGUGAUGCAUCUCGUGUUCAUUCAUGGAUCUCUGCCACAGUCAGGCGCAAUGUAGAGGUCCUUUCCAUUUGUCUGUAUGGCUUCAAGGAACCAUUGAAGGAACCAAAUUUGUUGCCUUGUUCUUUAUUUACCUCUUCAACACUGAAGGAGUUAGAACUGUGUCUGCCCUGUAUUUUCAAGGUUCCUUGUACUGUUUGCUUCUCAAGCCUAAGGAGCUUGACUCUUACGUUGUUGGUGUUUUCUGAUGACUGCUCGACCCAGAAGCUUUUUUCUGGUUGCCCAGUCCUUGAGGAAUUAACUCUACAAGAUUGCAAUUGGGCCAAUCUCAAGUUUGUGAGUAUUUGUGCUCCCAAGCUUUUGACAUUGAGCAUAAAUGAAAUGGAUCUGCAAUAUCCACGAGGUUCAGAUGGUUGCCAGAUUAUGGUAUUUAGUGGCAGUCUCAAAGAUUUAUCUUAUGUGGGUCGGUUCCAAAAUGACUAUUGCUUUUAUAACUUAUCAUCACUAACUGAAGCUUACAUUUGUCAUAAUUCCACUAAGAGCUUAAGACAUCUUAUUUACCGAUUUUAUAAGCUUCUUACAGCGCUCUCUAGUGUGAGGAACCUAACUAUCUGUCAUACUUUCUUUGAGGAUGUUCAGACUAAUGCACCAGAACUUCUUGACUACAUGCCUUUGUUCAAUGAUUUAACCACUUUGAUAUUGGAAUCAUCACCGGUAGAUAUUCGUAGUAAAGGACUAUUGAGGAUACUCCAAAACUGUCCUUGCCUUCAAACUAUGAUUUUCUGUGAGGGGAUUAGCCUGUCGUCUGAAUAUGCAAAAGAUGAUGGGAUAUUGGAGCCAUGGCCUCCAUGUUUCUUGUCAAGUCUUCAAGUGAUCGAAGUCAAUACAUUUUACGGAGACCUGGAGGAAAUUCAUGCAUUAGAGGUUUUGCUAAAGAAUGCUAAGGUCUUGGAGAAGAUGAGUAUAACUUGCUCCAAUAAUUUUCAAGGGGCACAAGAGAAGAAAAGGGAUGUUAACAAACAGUUAUCAGAUGUCCCCAAAGGAUCAGAGAGUUGUGAAAUUGUUCUUGGUUGAGCCCUUAUGGAGUUUUCAAUGAUAUGCAAUGAUCUUAUGUGGUAUUUGGCUGAUGAUUAGUUUUGAUGUUGAAUCCUUCAGGCUGAAAGCAUAUGAAGAAUAAGUAGCUACUAUUUUAGUGUAUAAUGAACUGAUAUGGGUUGCAACUGGUACUGUUUAUAAGUUAUGGAGGAACAAUUUAUU